CAGCGCGCCCCGGCGCGAGCCAGGCGGGACUGCGCCCCGAGACCCGCACGGACCGACCUACAGACUCCAGACGGAGCCUGGACCCCUGGACAGGAGCCAGGCCCUGCAUCACCAUGGACUCCCUGUCCCUGGACGCGGCCAUCCAGCACGCCCUGGCAGGCCUCUACCCGCCCUUCGAGGCCACGGCCGCCACCGUCCUGGGCCAGGUGUUCCGGCUCCUGGACUCAGACUUCGGGGGUGAUGGGCUGAGUCUGCUGCUGGACUUCCUGAUUCCUGCCAAGCGCCUGUGUGAGCAGGUGCGGGAGGCAGCCUGCGCCCCCUAUGCCCGCCGUGUCUUCCUGCACGAGGGCUGGCCCCUGUGUCUGCACGGCGCCGUGGUGGUGCAUCUGGCCCCCCUCAGCCCCCUCCUGCUGCGUGAGGGCGACUUCUUCCUCCAGGCCGAGCCCCGGGAGGAGCAGUCUGUCUGCCUCGCUGUCAAGUGCCUCUCGGCUGACCUCCGCACAGUGGACACCAGGCCGGUUCCCGAGUCCUCCUACUCGGAGCUGUUCACGCAGGCAUGGCUGGGGGCCCUCGACGGUGCAUCCGAGGGUCGCCAGCUCCGCAGCUGCCUGGUGGCGUCUGGAACUGGGGUCGCCCGGGUGCCCUGGACCAAGAUCACCAGCCCAGAGUUUGUGGACAACGAACCCCCUGUGGAGAAUGUCCCCUCCUCCCCGGCCUGGAGUUCCCUUCAACUCGAGGCUCUGGACCUGAGCAACCCCCGAGAGCUGGUCCAGGCUCGGACCCCAGACUGCCAGGUGCGGCCAGCCAGGAGCAUUUGCCCAGCUGGAACAACUCAGACGCAAACAUCUGGCCCAGAUGCUGACUCAGGCCCACCGCUCUGGGAAAAGGCUGGUGUGCCAGAAGCUUCCGCAGGCCCUCUGGGAAGAGGCCCCCCUCUGGACCUGCAGCCACCGGGGUCCGAGCUUGGCAUUAAGGCUCUGAGUGCGGAGAUCCUGAGCUCACGGAUAGCAUGCCUGCCAGGUGGCCGGGACCGGCAGGGGCGGCCCCUACUGCUCAUCUCUGCCAUGGCCGGAGCCUGGGAUGCGCCAUGGUGCACUGUGUCCGAGGUCACCAAGCUGCUCUCCUACUUGUGCACCGUGCCCAGGCUGCAAGACAAAACCACAGAGCUGGUGUUGGUGAUGGAUGCCAGGAAAGUGCCCCCACCAGCUGGCCUGGUCAGUGCCCUGCAGGCCACCCAGGCGGGGCUCCCAGUGUCCAUCCGGGCUGCGUCCUUGCUCUUCCUGGGGGAGAAAGAGGCUGCGCUGCCGCUGGAGACAUUACCUGACCUGCAGGUGGAGGUGCUGACAUCACUGAAGGCCCUCAGCCGCCACGUGGACCCCAGCCAGCUGCCCCCAGCCCUGGACGGCCCCUUCCCCUACUGGCACAGCGAGUGGGUGCGAUUUUUCCAGAAGCUGGACCCCUUCCUCGCCGACCUCCGCCAGGCCUCCGCCCUGCUCCAGGCUUCCAUCGAGGCGUUUGAGAAGGGCGACCCCCCUGGAAGCGUGCAGGAGGCCUCCUGGCGCCUCAACCAGUCCAAAGAGCGCAUGGAGGAAGUGCUGAGAGAUCCCGGCCUGUGCUCCCUGCAGCGGGAAGGCGGGGCCAUGCUGGCCAGGCUGCAGCAGGAGGCCAGCAGGCUGCCCUUCCACCCCGACAUAAGGAGCCAGAUGGCUGGAGCUGCCGCCCUGUAUGAGCUCGUGGAGGAGCGGCUGCAUGUCCUGGUCACUGUGUCCAACCAGGUCCUGAGGCGGCUGGAGCUCCGAGUGCGCCUGGGCUGCCUCCAGGCCGCCGUCCAUCAGGUCAGCCACUGGAUGGAGCAGGAAGGAAGCCGGUGCCUGCAGGCGCUGAGCCCCGGGGACGGAAGCCUGGAGGCCGUGGAGCGAGCCCAGGCCGAGUUCGAGGACUUCUUCCUGCAGGCUGCGGCCCAGUACCGCCGAGGCCUGGAGCUGUCCAAGCAGGCGGCCCAGCUGGGCGCGGCAGCCCAGGGGCCUGGGGACACGGGCGCGGCGGAGCUCCCGGAGCUGGUGGCCUUGGCUGCAAUGCAGAGCAGCUUCCAGGCCAAGCUGACCCACUUCUACAUGGCAGCCGAGCGGCAGCGCACAGACCUGGACACGCUGCUGAGUCUGCACCGUUUCUGCAAGAAGAUGGCCUGGUUCCACGCGGACUGUCAGGACCUGAUGACGCAGCUCAGGCUGGGCAGGGACCAGAGGGCCAGCCCUGGGGACCAGAGGCGCCUCCACCGCUACCUGCAGCGCCUGGCGUCCGAGUUCCCCGCCGAGAAGCUGGCGGCCGUGGGGCUGCAGGCGGCCUCUCUGAGCUGGGCCCACCUGGGCCAGGAGCUCUGGGCAGAGGCACGGCACACCCACGAGGCCAUCCGAGCCCUCCUGGAGAAGGCGUCGGCCCAUUGCUCCAGCCCCUCGGGGUCCCCAGCCCACUCCGCCCACCCUGAACUCAGAGGGCCAGUGGCCAGGACCCAGGGACGGUGGGGCUUACCCCUCCAGGACAAACUGGGCAUGCAGCGUUCCCCCAAAGCCUGUUGGCUUCCUCGGGCUCCAAGUGGGGGGCAGAGCAGAAAUUUCCGGGCAGGCGCUCCCCCCUGGGAAGCUGGCCAGUGGGCAGAGGCUGACGAGGCCCCUGAGCAUGUCCUGGCCACUCUCCUCUCCUGGCUGCGCCCCCUCAGGCGGGGGCAGGGCCCUCACCCCAUCAGAGGCAGCUCCUCCUCCUCAGGGACAGAAUCCCAGACGUCUCUGGAGGACUCACCCCAGACCAGUCCCCCCGCGUCCCUCUAA